AUGAUACAAAAUAUUCCUUCAUCGGCAAGUCCAAUGAUUUUCCCUCCUCCACCUCCGAUUCAUCAUUCACUCCCAAAUAUUUCAUGUGAUGGAAAUGAUCGUGAGAGUAGGGAGAAUAAUGGUACAUUCCUUGUAACUUUAUCGGAUUUUAGUGUAGAGUUGAAUAAUAGUAAUAGUCAAACACUUUCAUCUCUCCGAAUGAAUUUUGCUAAUUUUAAACAAUUCAUCAUUUCAUCUUUUAAUAGGAAGAAUGACAAGUAUGAAUUUAUAACAUUUAAUCAACAAUUUUACUACCAAACAGGAAUGUUAAAUUUAUUGGAAAAAAGAGUUUUUGUUAUACAAUGUUUUGAUUUGAAUAAUUUACCAAUAGGAGAUGUUGUAAAAAUUGAUUUAUAUUCUAUUUGUACAGGUCCUUUUAAAAACGAACAUUUUAUCAAAUCGGGAAGCUCUGUAAUUGGUAAAAUUAGCUUUAAUUGUCAAAUGAAACAAUUUAGUGAUAUUGAAAUUAAUUUGAAGAAUAUUAAUAUAAUCCUACCAAAUCAAGUAAACCAACAGUAUCAUUUAGUUUAUGGAUUAAGAAAUGAAAAAAAUUUAACAAAGAAUAGAGAUUUAAAUACCACCUAUCCGGAUCAAACAUUUAACAUUGUACCUAAAAUACCUCAACCAUUCCAAACAUUUGAUACAUUCCUGAAUUGGUACAAUUUGACCACAAUUUAUCUACCAAAAACAACCUUGACAGAAUUAAUGGAUCAAAAUCUCAUACUUAAAUUAAUUAACAAACAAUCAACUACCGUCAAGGAAAUCAAAAUACCAUUUCAAUCUAUUAUCAAACCUUCCAUUUUAAAUAAUUCCAUGUAUUCCUUCUCAUACAGUGAAGGACCAUUUUCAAUCUCAAUGAAUGGUGUUAUUGAGAUUAAUAAUAUUCCUCUCUUCUCUCAAAUUACAAGCAACGAUAGUAAGCUCAUGAAUAACGUCAUUGUAAAUGGAUCCAUCUUCUAUCCUGGCGUCAGAAUUCCAAGAAAGAGAUUAAUCAAAAUUGAUUUGCUUGCUUCCUCUCAAGAGGAAAUAAUAUCACAAGUUUGCAAAGACAUAGAGGAAACCCAACCUUCCAUUUCCCAACAAAUCUUGCCUACAUUGGAGUGUAACUUUAAAGAAAUGAUUUGUGAAGAUUUCACCCUUGUUCACAUGCUACCAAUUGAAAAACCUCUAUUUGCCAAAUGCUCAGUUCCAAUCGAUAGAACUCCCUUCAAAUAUUUUGAAGUUGUUUUGCAAGACGAAGGGGAAACUGGCAAAUGUUCCGUUGGUAUUUCACUUUUGAACGAAUGGAUGAAUGUACAAUUCAUUUCCUACUCGUCAUUUGAUGGAUGUCUCGUAAAGAAUUGUAAUAAGAGAAUUUUUGGACCAAAAUUUAAUGGUGGAGAUGUUAUUGGUUGUGGAGUUUUGAACGAGAAUAGUAUAUUCUUUACCAAGAAUGGAGAAUUUAUAGGAUUCACUCCUUACCGUUUGGAUAAUCUCUCAACAGUUUACUUUUCUGUUAGCACUGCUUCCAAGUUUAUGAAAGUUUCAGCUAAUUUUGGAAGAGAACCUUUUGCUUUCAAUAUUCACAAUGCUGAAAUAUCAUACUUUAAUAACAUAUUCAGCCAAUUAAGCACAGAGCCAAGUAACAUUCGAGUUGGUGUGGAUUACUUUGAUAGAGUUUUCAUUAAGAAUAAUGACAAACAAGUCUUCUCUGAUAAUCCUAUGAAUCUUUUAGGAGACAAUAACUCUUCUGAUAAUAAUACUGCACACUUGAUGGAAAUGAAUGAAAAGAUUAUUAACACCCUUGCUAAUCCUAUCAAGAUUACAUACAAAAAUCCUCAAACAAAGAAGGAACAAAAGGCUGUCAAGUGGUCUGGAAUCAAGUCAAACAAAUUACUGUCUGCACUUUUGAAUAUUCCAAAAUCUGCCUUCUCUCCAAAUGAAUUUGUUAACAUUUCAAACUAUGGCCAAUAUGUGAUUGAUUGUAACCUAAAACCAGAUAACUUUGAUGAAACGAUUCAUUUCAAUAUUACCCCAACACUUGUGGUUAUUAGAGGGUUGGAAGCUCUCGACCUUAAAGAAGGAACCAAAUUCCUAGAUGUUGGAAGUGGAUGUGGAUUUGUUACAUGCUUGGCCUCCUACUUGGUUGGAGAAAAAGGUAUUGUUACUGGUACCGAUAUUGACGAACACAUAAUUGACUUUUCAAGAUCCAAACUCUACGAAUUUGUAAAAAGCAAGUAUGGUUGUAACUAUUUGAAUCAAAUGGCUAUGAUAGAAUAUGUCAAGAAGAAUUUAUUUGUGCCAAGAUUUAGUAAUAUUCCAAUUCUUAAACGUGAUGACUAUGAAUCUAUUUUCUGUGGUAUAGAAAUAACUAUGGAUAUGUUACAAUAUUUUGAACCAUUCAUUUCAGAGAAUGCAAAGGUAGUUGCCAGUCUCCCAGAUCGUUGUCUCUAUCUUUUCGAGUAUGAAAAACAAAAGUGGAAUAAGAGAAAGAUUUUGUCCAAUGUUACAUUACCAAAAGUUAAGCUUCCAUCCAGUGAAGAAAUUUACUUUGAGAAUAGAGAACGAAUUAGAGAGUAUCUCAACGAAAAGUACUUCUUCUCUCAAAAAGAUAUCAAUCUUGCCAUGGAUUUGAUUGGAAUUGAACAUCCAAAUGUCGAAAUCAAACUUUGCCAAUUUUUAAUGCUCUACACUGACAUUUCUAUUCGUAAUUCCAAUAUUUCAAUUGACCAAAUAUUGUAUGCUCUAUCUAUUUUUGAGAGUAAUGAAAUUUUCCCAACCAGCUCUCACUUUUAUCUUUGUCAUGGAAAUAACUUGAGUAAUUAUUUCCAAUUACCAAUCAAAUUGAUAGAAGCUUGCCUCGUUACAUUUAAUUGUAACAUGAUACAAAUCAAUUCAAUUCUGGAUCAAAUUGCAAAAUCAAAACCUCCUACUAUUUUGAAUGAAGAUGAGGAGGAGGAAAUUUAUAGAAACUUGUUAAGAAAGUUCUCUAAUUAG